AACUUCUUCUCGUAAAACCCAGCAGGAUAGAAAUAAUCAAAUAAGCAAAAGUAAGCAAGUAGCAGAGCAACUAGAAAGUUUAAAAAAAAUAAUUUCAGAGAAAGUUGACUUUGAGAUCUUCGUUCUUACAAAACAGAACCAAACUUCGACAAUGUCACUCAUGUUUUCUUCCCCUGUCGUCACCCCAACCAUCGGAUCUUUCACCUUCUCAUCUCGACGCUCAAACUACAUCGUGAUGUCCGCCGUCCGAUCUAACUCGGCUUCGACGUGUCCUGUACUAACCAAGUUUCAGAAGGACUGUGCCACUCCUACACCGUAUCUACGCAACGUAGCCAACGCCAUUGCUGAUGACAUGCGAGCUGGUCUAGCUGUUGAAGGAGGAGGAGAUCUCGAUAUGAUCUUGACUUAUGUUGACGCUUUGCCUUCUGGGAAUGAGGAAGGGUUGUUCUAUGCAUUGGAUUUAGGAGGUACAAAUUUUCGGGUGCGUAGCGUGCAAUUAGGAGGAAAGAAAAAGCGAGUCGUAGCUACCGAAUCUGAACAAAUAUCUAUUCCUCAAAAGCUUAUGAUUGGUACAAGUGAGGAACUCUUUGGGUUCAUUGCUGCAAAGCUUGCAAGCUUUGUUGCAAAGGAGAAGCCGAGUCGGUUUCGGUUAGAAGAAGGGAGGAAAAGGGAGAUAGGGUUUACCUUUUCAUUCCCUGUGAAGCAAACUUCUAUUGAUUCUGGCACAUUAAUCAAGUGGACUAAAGGCUUUAAAGUGUCUGGAAUGGAAGGAAAAAACGUGGUUGCUUGUUUAAAUAAAGCUAUGGAAGCUCAUGGACUCGACAUGCGAGUUUCUGCUCUCGUAAAUGAUGGAGUGGGAACAUUAGCUGGAGCAAGGUAUUCGGAAGAGGAUGUGAUGAUCGGUGUGAUUCUUGGCACUGGAACCAAUGCUUGUUAUGUAGAGCAGAAGCAUGCAAUUCCUAAACUCCAAAGCAAAUCUUCUUCUGGAACAACGAUCAUAAACACGGAGUGGGGAGGAUUCUCUAAGGUUCUUCCGAAAACCAUUUUUGACCAAGAGAUGGAUGCGAAAAGCCCGAAUCCUGGUGAACAUUUAUAUGAGAAGAUGAUCUCAGGGAUGUACCUUGGUGAAAUUGUAAGAAGGGUUUUGCUCCAAAUGUGUGAAACUAGUGACUUGUUCGGACAAUUCGUUCCUGUAAAACUCUCCACUCCCUUUGAACUCAGGACCGAGCAUCUAUGCGAAAUGCAAGCGGACACUACAGAUGAUCUUCAGACGGUUGGAUCAGUCCUAUACAACAUUUUAGAGGUAGAGGCAAAUCUGCAGGAAAGGAGGAGAGUGGUGGAAGUGUGUGACACAGUAGUGAAACGCGGAGGGCGUCUAGCAGGAGCUGGUAUAGUGGCAAUUCUGGAGAAAAUUGAAAAAGAGACCAAAAGAAUGGGUUCUGGUAAAAGAACCGUUGUGGCUAUGGACGGUGCACUAUACGAGAAGUACCCACAGUAUCGAGAGUAUAUGCAAGAUGCACUAGUCGAGCUUCUUGGCGAUAAGCUAAGUCACAUUGCGAUCAAACAUACCAAAGACGUGUCUGGGCUCGGUGCUGCUCUUUUGGCCGCCACUAACUCCAUUUACUAGUACUUGAACCUCUAAUUCAUGAGUUAUAGACUUGGUCCAUUUGUUUGUGUACAUUAUAUUUAUAUGUAUAUCAAUAAGAUUGUUCAGAGGACUAGAGGAGUGACAAACAAGAAGAGAACAAUAGAAAUUCAUUUUCUUUCUUGAUGACAAGAUUAAUAAUUUUGGAUAAA